UUGCAUCAUAUGACCCCUUUAAGGGAAGUCCUUUAUAAAACGUUUACCUAAAACUCCACCCAUGAAGACGUCAUAAGUUCUCAGGAGUUUCGGGGGUUUCUCCAUUGGGACAGCUGACGGUGAAAUCACUUGAGUGGGUAAGUGAAAAUCCAAAGCGUUCCACAGUUCAGCGUUCCGUUUGCGUGUACGCCACAUUGGAAGGGAGCAAUUUCAGAUUCAGUGUUCGGUUUAAAGUGCUCCUCCCGGGUUCAAUCGCAUUCGCACCAUGGCUGCUGUGAAGGCGCUUCAACAGUGGUGCAAAAUCCAGUGUGAAGGAUACCGGGACGUGUCGAUCACCAACAUGACCACAUCUUUCCGGGACGGUCUGGCUUUCUGCGCUCUAAUUCACAAACACAGACCGGACUUGAUAGACUUUGACUCUUUGAGCAAGGAAAAUAUCUAUGAAAACAAUAAACUGGCUUUCGAGGUGGCAGAGAAGGAGUUGGGUAUACCUGCCUUGCUGGAUGCCGAAGACAUGGUGGCUUUAAAAGUGCCUGAUCGCCUCAGCAUCCUGACCUAUGUGUCCCAGUACUACAAUUAUUUCCAUGGACGCUCUCCUAUUGGAGGUAUGGCAGGGAUUAAAAGACCAGCUGAAGAGUCUAAUGAAGCGCCAUCUGAGAAGAAGAACCAACCUGUCACAGCUAAAGUUUUUCCCUCCCCUAAACCAGCCACAGAGAACAAGACGCCUAAACCAGCAAACGAAAACAAGAGAGAAGUUUUGGUGGAACGUGCCAAUAAAACAACUCUGAGCAGCAGUUGUAACGUGUGCAACCAACAUGUUCACCUUGUGCAGCGCCACCUAGUAGAUGGGAAACUGUACCACAGGAACUGCUUUAAAUGCAAAGAGUGUUCCACUAUUCUUCUCUCUGGCACAUACAAGCCUGGAAAAGAAGCGGGAACUUUCAUCUGCAAGACACACACAAGCAUAGAGAAGCCUGUAACCGUCCCGACUACACACAUCACAGUGGCUUCACCAAAGACACCGUCCACAUUUAUAAGCAAGACUGACCAGAAUGCAUUAGGAGAUACUGGAAAAGCUGGUUUAACACCCAACACAUCUAAACUAAGCUGGCUGGCCAAUAAAAGGGACCGUGCACCCACUCGUGAGUUAACUGCCACACCUACUCCAGCAGUUCGGCUCACACCAGCACCAAAAACAACUCCAGCACCAGAGGCUACAACUGUGAAGACCUCCUUUAGCCCCCGAACGCCCACGGAGUCUCUUAAACCAGUAAGCAACAGUGUACAGAAGAACCAAGAAGCCAGAAAGAGAAUUGAAUGUUGUAUCUCUGAUCAAAAUGAUACAGCUCCAUCUGAUUGGAGGUCCAUGCUCAAGCCUGUAAAAACUGUCGGUUCCACAGAAAACACUGGCUCACCCUCCAAGAAGCCAGAAGCAGCUUCCUCUCCACGGACAUCGGGUCCGGGAAUCUCCCAGACAUCUGUUCCUGCACCAUCUACCACAAACAUCUCCAUUAGCAUCAACUCACCCAAAGCUCCCUCACCUAGCCCGGUGAAAAACGGGCCGAAAUCUAGCGACUCCAGCAGUGGCAGCAUCGCAUCUCCCGUUAGUCCCUCAGAGACUGAAACUCACAAAUUGCACAAGCCGGGUUACAUUCCUAAGGAAGACAUUCAAAAAGAACUGAAGGAAAUCGAGAUGAAUAUGAACAAGUUGGAGAAAAGAGGAGUAGAGCUGGAAAAACAACUCCGACAAUGUGAUGAGGAAGGAGAAGAGGACACAUUAAUGAACGACUUAAUGGUGGACUGGUUUACCCUCAUCAGAAACAAACAGGUCUACAUGAGACGAGAAUCCGAGCUUGUGUACAUUGCCAAGACACAGGAUCUAGAGGAAGAGCAGCCCAGUGUUGAGGCCGAACUCAGGAGACUGAUGGACAAGCCAGAGCAUCUGAAGACAUCUUGGGAUCAUAAACGAGAGGAAGAGCUCAUGGCCAAACUUGUGGGGAUUGUGAACGACAGGAACGCCAUAGUGGAGGGGCUGGAUGAAGACAGACUGAGGGAGGAUGAGGAGGAUGAGCAGCUGAAUAAGAUGAUGCAGAAUCUUGAUAUGAAGAAAGAAAAAGUCAAGAGAAAAUCAAUAUCCCGGUGGUUUAGUCUGAAAAGUAAACGGGCGUCCACAGAGGACUGAUCCUCAUGAAAAGGGUGUCUGUGUGUGUUUUGUCCCAGACCGAAUGUUUAAGGUGCAGUUUGAGGUCAGAUCACUAAAUCUUAAUUGCAGUUACACAGCCUUCAACAAAUGGUAUUUUUUAUGAAAUCACAUCAUUAUAUAUUUUCACACUUUUUUUUUUUCCACAUACUUUUGCACAUUUUUUUUAUCUGUCUCCUGUCAUUGUGGGUGUGAUUUGUGCAUUUGUUAACAAACGUUUUGCACUUGAAUCCUUUGUAUAAUGUUGACUGUAUCUCUCAGUCAGUGUUUCAUUAGGGAAUUGGACAGUUUUGAGAGAAAUGAGGUCAUACUUUAAGUCAUACUGAUUCAUAUUGGAUCAAAGUUAAAAAUGGACGGGUUAAGUUCCGACUCAAACUGAAUUCACUUUCUUACACUUUACUUUUUACAAUGUAUUUUAAAUUGAGAAUAUCGCUCAUUUUUGCUGGAAACGAUCCUGUUUAAUCAUUUUAAUGGUGUUUUACCCUGGCACAUUUCUACUGUCUCAACAGCAGGGGGCAGACAGUGACUGAUUUCAGCCAUAGGACACUGUAUGCCCAUCUGAUUUCUCAACAACCUGUGAGAGAACUGAUUUAAUAGGGUCUUUUUAAGACAUUAUUUAGGAUUCAUCAUUUAAGAGCUUAUGUUGUU